AUGAACCAGCUGUGCAAAGUGUGCGGUGAGCCUGCGGCUGGAUUUCAUUUUGGCGCAUUCACAUGUGAAGGUUGCAAGUCCUUCUUUGGCCGCACGUACAAUAACAUUUCUGCCAUCGCUGGCUGCAAAAACAACGGUGACUGUGUGAUCAACAAGAAAAAUCGCACUGCCUGCAAGGCGUGUCGCCUGCGCAAGUGUCUGUUGGUGGGCAUGUCAAAGAGCGGUUCACGUUAUGGACGUCGUUCAAAUUGGUUUAAGAUACACUGCCUACUGCAGGAACAACAAAGCGUACCCGGCAAUGGUCCCGGUGGUGGAGGCGGAGGUGGCAUUGGCGGUGGUGGUGGUGGGGGUGGUGGCUCCAUCGGUGACAGUAGUACAAACAGAGCCAGCUUUGAACAACUAGCGCGACUGCAUCAACUGCAGGCGCGUCAAACAUACCAAGACAAAACGAAUCCCUGCAUCAAAUCAGCCAGCAUGUCACCAACAGCCUUGGCGCUUAGUGCAGCAGCAGCGGCGGCAGUUGCUGCGAAUAGCAGAGGCUCACCGCAGCCACCUGCGCAACACGCGCUACUAAGCAACGCGGCGAAAUUUCUCAAUGGCGUGGCAGACAGCGCGCGACAUCAUCACCAGCAGUCGCAGCACCAGCUACAACAUCAACAACAACACCAACACCAGCAGUCACAGCACCACUUAGUCCCGUUUGGCUAUGGCAAGGCGGAAACCCGGCUCAGCGAAACGCCUAGCGAUUCAGGCGCAUCUUCCGCUGGCGAUGCGGCGGAUGAUGCUCGCAGCAGCGUUUCGGGCCGUCAAGAACGCAAUUGCAAUUCAGCACAACAUCUCGCUUCUAUAACCUGCGAUGAUAUGGAGGAAGCAGAAGCGCGAGAGCGUCGUCACCAGCAACUCUUGCAAAUAUAUCGUUCCCACUCAGAACCUUUGCGCAGCCCGUUCGUUCACUUUGCCUUACCGCCGCAUGUAUCCCCGCUGGGCGCACCACCAGUAACGUUACUUUCCACCAGUGCUGCUGCAGGUAGUCCACCAGCGCAUCUUAUGCCCGCCGCUUUGAAGGAGGAAAUCAAACGUGUUAGCGAAGCAGCAGCUGCAGCGGCAGCGGCGGCAGCAGUCACAGCAACGGUUGACUGUUCUGCCGUUGGUGGUGCGCAAGAGGAACCCAUCGACUUGUCAUUGAAGGGGCGUGAAUUGGAACGGCGGCUUGCAGCGGCACGUGCGAGUUAUGAUCAACAUUUGGCGGAUGGUGGGGGCAAUUCACUUACUUCCACAACGCCGCCAUAUGCGAACGCGUCACCUGCUAAACUAAAUGCGGAAGCGUCGGCGUUGUCGCACGCUGUGAUACACAAACCAACGCCGUUGGACUUGACGUUGGUGCGCUCACAGACGCUAACGGGGUGA